CUUCUUACUGCUCUGAAACGCCUCAUCCAUAUUCUGCACUCGGGCUUCUUACCCAAACGCUUACAGCCUUCAUUCCUUAUUGUGCAACAAGUCUCUUCUUACAGAUCAGUACUUGUCACUCUUCAUUUUGUACCACAUACCCACAGCCCACCUGAACUCCUCAUGCAGCACCCAAAAUCCUCACCCAGCCCCUCUGAACCCCUCAUUCUGCAGCAAACUUCCCACCAGCACCCCUGAACCCCUCAUUCUGCAGCAAACUAACCACCAGCCCCCCUGAACCCCUCAUUCUGAUGCCACUUCUCAGCCCGGGCCUCUAAUUCUGCACCCAAACUCCUUACCCAUCCCUCCUGAAAACCUCAUUCUGCAGCAAACUUCUCACCCAGCCCUGCUGAUACCCUCGUUCUGCAGCAAACUCUUCAACCAGCGCCCCUAAACUUCUCAUUCUGCAGCAAACUCUUCAACCAGCGCCCCUAAACUUCUCAUUCUGCAGCAAACUCUUCAACCAGCGCCCCUAAACUACUCAUUCUGCAGCAAACUCUUCAACCAGCGCCCCUAAACUUCUCAUUCUGCAGCAAACUCUUCAACCAGCGCCCCUAAACUUCUCAUUCUGCAGCAAACUCUUCAACCAGCGCCCCUAAACUUCUCAUUCUGCAGCAAACUCUUCAACCAGCGCCCCUAAACUUCUCAUUCUGCAGCAAACUCUUCAACCAGCGCCCCUAAACUUCUCAUUCUGCAGCAAACUCUUCAACCAGCGCCCCUAAACUUCUCAUUCUGCAGCAAACUCCUCAACCAGCGGCCCUAAACUUCUCAUUCUGCAGCAAACUCCUCAACCAGCUCCCCUAAACUUCAUUCUGCAGCAAACGCCAUAACCAGCGGCCCUAAACUUCAUUCUGCAGCAAACGCCAUAACCAGCUCCCCUAAACUUCAUUCUGCAGCAAACUCCAUAACCAGCUCCCCUAAACUUCACAUUCUGCAGCAAACUCCUCAACCAGCGCCCCUAAACUUCACAUUCUGCAGCAAACUCCUCAACCAGCGCCCCUAAACUUCACAUUCUGCAGCAAACUCCUCAACCAGCGCCCCUAAACUUCACAUUCUGCAGCAAACUCCUCAACCAGCGCCCCUAAACUUCACAUUCUGCAGCAAACUCCUCAACCAGCGCCCCUAAACUUCUCAUUCUGCAGCAAACUCCUCACCAGCCCACCAGAACCCCUCAUUCUGCAAACGCCUUAUAAACCCACCCUAAACCCCUCAUUCUGCACCCAAUUUCCUCACCCAGCCCGCAUUCUGCACCCAUAGUCCUCACAAGCCCACCCUAAACCUGUCAUGCUGCAUCCUAAACUCCAUACCAGCACACUGAACCCCUCAUUCUGUAACCAAAUUCUUUACCAAAGCACCUUACCUAGCCCCACUGAGCCCCUCAUUUGUACCCAGUCUCUCCGUAACCCUCAUUCUGCACCCUAUACUCUUUAUCCAGCCCCUUAAUUCCCUCAUACUGCACCACACAUCAUACAGCUUCCCAGCAUCUCUCAUACUGAAAUUCCUUACCCUGCUCCCCAUAGUACUCACUAAACCCCACUUACUAUAUAGUCAGUCCCCAGACCCUUAGCCAGUUGCUUAUAUCACUUAUGUUUAUGGUGAAACACAUAUAGCUCACUCUUUCUCCUACAUAGAUUGACCUAUUAUAAUUUUUGCAUCUCAAAUUCAGACUGCAUCUACUUCCCUUGGCAAUUUUCUUGUUCCCUUGGACUGUUUCCUCAUGCUGCAAACCACAUUCCUAAUUUUGCAUCCAAACAGCUCCACUACACAUUUCAUGACUAUCACAUUUUAAGCAUUUUUUCCUCAGUCCUAUUGCUUCCUGUGUUCAGAAAGAAAUUCCUCAUUUUGACUUCCAGUUUUACUCUAAUAACCCCAGAAUCUAAUGAUCCCCAUUGUGCACCCUCUCUAGCUCAGAAGUGUCUGCACACUGCACCCCACUCCCUGCCCAGGACUUUGUGCCCUCUGGCCACACAUUCCUCACUUUGUGAUUCUUGUUUUGGAAUGGAGGAUGCAGAGUUACCCUCUGGGAUCCUGGAGGUUUGUGUCCUGGUUGGAGCAUCUUCAGAAAAGAUUAGAGAGAUAGACAAGGUUGCUCAGAAAGGGAUUAGAAGUUUACAGUCACCUGAACCGGAGAUCAUCUCAGUGUUUGUCCCGCCUUUUGUAUCUAAAGAGGAAAUCCAGAACGCGGUUCCUACUCAGAAUAACUUUCAGAGGGCAGGCAAGCGGCGCUCCUUCAGAAAGAAGAAAGAGAAACCAAAGCCCGACCUCACGUCUCCGCACAGCACCGAGCAGAAGGAGUCAGCAACUGAGGAAAUCAGUGUACCAAAGGACAUAGACCUCAAUGGCUUACCGCAGCUUUGUUUUCCAGGUGGUCUCCAGUUGACGCUGGAACCCAAAGAAGAUCACUUUCAUUUCUUAGUUUUUACUGAUGUUUGUGGGAACAGAACAUAUGGAGUCGUUGCUCAGUAUUACAGAUCUGUCCAGGAAAUGGCCAGCUUUUACAACGGACAGGCAUAUUGGGAUUCCUCUAUUCCAACCACAAAAUCCUACAACACCUUCAUUCCUUUUGCCAUAUGUGUUAUAUCUCGCUAUCCGUACUACAAUGCUCUAAAGGAUUGCCUUUCUUGCUUUUUAGUACAACAUAAAUCCUGCAAAGAUCUUGAGACUGAUGACCGACUUAAAGACUUUUCAGCAAAGUUGGCCCUUAUACCUAGUCUACCCCCAGGGCCACUACAUCUGGUGUUCAGUAUGAAACCACUUCAGAUCGUUUUCCCAUCUCGAGAAGAUCCAGACAGCCCAAUAAUUGAUUUGGAUCUUCAUCUGCCAUUUCUCUGCUUUACACCAAAGCAGAUUUUACAGAUUAUGUCCUGCAUUCUCACAGAGCAGAGGCUGGUCUUUUUCUCGUCUGACUGGGCCUUGCUGACACUUGUUGCAGAGUGUUUCAUGGUGUAUUUGCACCCUAUGCAGUGGCAGCACACGUUUGUACCCCUGUUGUCACGCCAGAUGUUGGACUUUGUCAUGGCGCCGACAUCUUUCUUGAUGGGCUGCCAUAUUGAUCACUAUGGUGAAGUUAGAAAGGAAGCUGAAGAUUUGGUCCUGAUAAGUAUUGAUAGUGGGACUAUCUCCCUCUCAAAAUGCGGUGAAGAAGAGACUGACGUUCCAGAUAUUCCAGUAGAUGCAGCUGAAAUGUUCCUAUUCAGAGUUGAGAGUCUUCAGUUUCACUAUGACCUUGAGGCUUGUCACCUUGGCUGCUUAAUGGACGUUGGUGAAAUCCGAAUGCGUCGGAGACUCUGGCAACAGAACUUGAACUGUGAAUUGCAGGAAAUCACGUUGCUGCUCAUUGUUGACAUAUUUAGAGAUGUAAAAGGGCACCUGAAUUAUGAACACCGGGUAUUUAAUAGUGAGGAAUUUCUAAAAACCAGAGCUCCAGGAGACCAGCCGUUUUACAAGAAGGUGUUGGACACGUAUAUGUUUCAUUCAUUUCUGAAAGCCCGUCUCAACAAAAAGAUGGAUGCGUUUACUCGAGUUGAGUUGAACACCACUUCAACAGAGUCAGAUGGACGGAUAAGUUUGCUGUUUGACAUCCCAAGAAGAAGAGGCACUGAUAAAAUGAACCGAUUCCGACCAGAGCACAUGUUUAGUAAGAAGUUGGUGAUAAGUUUGCCAAACCUGGCCGAUACGAAGAUGACUGAUGUUCCCUCGAGGCAGUUGUCUCUGAGAAAAAUUGAUCAAGAUAAUGGAAUAAAACAACCUAUAAAAUCACUUUGCACUUUCAAAUUGCCGGAAAUUAAUUUUCCUCUUGUGAAUCGCUGUGUGCAAACCUAUUACGUUGACUUCAGUAACUAUCUCAGUAAAGAAAUUAAUUGCCUCCCCCCAGAGAAAUCAGCACUACUUGCACGGUAUUUGUACCUCCGAGGUCUGGUGAACUUGACGCAGGGCAAAUUACUCAAUGCCCUUUCAGAUUUCCAAAAUCUGUAUAAAACCGAUAUUAGAAUUUUCCCAGCUGAACUGGUGAGAAAAGUGGUGCUGUCCUUACCGGCAUCAGAUCGACUGCAAGCAGAGCGAAAACAGGAGCUCAAGAGACUUAUAAGUCAAAUUAUGGAGAAGGAAAGAGAGGUGACCAGGAUAGAUGACCACGUGAAAAAAUUUGAAUUGCCUAAAACACACAUGCAGCUGAAUGACUUCGUAAAACGCAUUCAAGAAUCUGGAAUUGUCAAAGAUGUUGACACAAUAAAUAGGCUGUUUGAUGCCUUAACAGUAGGUCACCAGAAACAAAUAGAUCCUGAAACAUUUCGGGAUUUCUAUACUUAUUGGAAGGAAAGUGAAGCAGAAGCUGAAGAUGUGAAUUUACCUCCCAUAGUAGUAGAAUGUCUGGAUCGCAAUGAAUUUGUUUAUAAGCUCUCCCGCUCCGUUAAAACAAAUUACGGAGUUGGGAAGAUCGCAAUGACGCAGAAGCGCUUAUUCUUGCUGAUGGAAGGAAGGUCUGGCUAUGUUGAAAUAGGAACAUUUCGAAAUAUUGAAGAGGUUAAAUGCACCACUGUUGCCUUCCUAGUUUUAAGGAUACCAACCCUUCGAAUUAAGACCUCGACAAGGAAAAUUGUCUUUGAAGCAAAUUUGAAAAAUGAGUGCGACCUGUGGCAUUUAAUGAUCAAGGAGAUGUGGGCUGGGAGGAAAAUGGCUGAUGAUCACAAGGAUCCUCAGUACAUCCAAGAGGCUCUGACGAAUGCGUUGCUUAUGGAUGCAGUUGUUGGCUCUUUACAAAGCCCCAAAGCAAUUUAUGCUGCUUCCAAACUCUCUCAUUUUGACAAGAUGAGAAAUGAAGUGCCCAUGAUGGUUCCAAAAACCACUGCGGAGACAUUGAAGCACCGAAUAAAUCCUUCUGCUGGUGAAACCGUUUCACAGUCUGUAGAUGUGCUGCUGUACACACCUGGGCAAAUAGAUUCAUCAGAAAGAGAUGACACACCCAAACUUUGGUGUGCUCUAAGUGAUGGAAAAGUUGUGGUGUUCAAUGCAUCCACAUGGUCCUUGCAACAGCAUUGCUUUAAAGUAGGGAAUGCAAAAUUGAGCUGCAUGGUGGGAAUAGACCAAAACCAAGUGUGGAUCGGCUCCAGCGACUCUAUAAUCUACAUCAUAAACACUCACAGCAUGUCCUGCAAUAAGCAGCUGACCGACCAUCGCUGUGAAGUGGUGGAUAUCAUUGCUGAAAAUGAUAACAGUCAUAGAAGAAUCUCCUAUUCGUGCAGUACAGAUGGGACCAUCCUUGCAUGGGACAUAAACACUCUUAAAAUCCAUCACAGAUUUCAGCUGCAGGGUCAGACUAUUUCAUCACUGAAACUACACAGCGAUCUGCUCUGGUGCUGUACAAGAGAGAAUAUUCUUGUGACAAAAAAGAACGGGGUGUUACUGAAGAAGCUGGAAAUUACAGAAGACCUCAGAAAGACAGGCUCCACUUUUCAUAGCAUCUAUCUUGACGCUGAGAGGGAAGAGCUCUGGGUCUCAUGUAACGGCACUAACGAGAUCAAUGUAUAUGAUAUAAAUGAUUAUUCUAAACCUUCCCACAAGAUACUUCUUCAGGACUGCACGGUUGUUACUUGCAUGCUGAAAGUCAAAGAGCAGAUUUGGAUUGGCACCAGAGGAACAUCACAAGGCAAGUCUAAAGGGAAGAUCUACGUCAUCAGCACAGAGAAGAAGAGCGUGGAGAAGGAGCUGGUCGCACACACUGAUAUAGUAAACUCCUUAUGUUCUGCAGAGGACAGAUAUGUUUUAAGUGGAUCUGGAAAAGAGGAUGGAAAAGUGGCUAUUUGGAAGGCAGAGUGACUUAUCUUUCGGAAACACGGCUGAAAAACUACAUUGAGUUACAAACGUGUUGCUCUACAAAUCCGGUUGCACACAGGGAAGAGAAUAAAUUGGUUUUGGUGGAAAGCUGGGAUUUCUGCUGAAACCACAAACUGUUUAAAGAAAUUUCCCUCUAGGAGCUAUAUCAUAAUAUAGCACAUACAACAAAGCGAUUGUUGCAUCAAAUAAGAAAAUUAGCCAAUGAAGGAGCCUUGUAAUUCACCAGGGCUAUGGUAAUAGCUCAGUCUAGUGCCUUAAUGCAUUUGUCAUUACCAUAAGAGAUGGAGUCUUUGGCCGCUGAUCAUUUUUACCUUAUGACUUUAUGGAGCUUUGGCUCAAGAAACAUCCUCAGAUGUCAGUGUGUUUGGUGAGCUAUUUUACGUUAAUCAAGUCUACAGGUUGGAUGCUUAUGUAAGCAAACCUCAUCCCAGCAAAAACUCUGUUUAUCUCUCUAUUAGGUCUUUGUUACAUGAAAAUGAACUUCUCCCAUGGACCUUUUAUGCUAUUUACACUUUUUGUACAUAAAUGUAAAGAAUUGACCUUAAACAUAAUAUUGCUGGUGUUAGAGCUAUGGUAGUUCUAUUUAUAAACUGUAUCAGUUACCUUGUGACCAUUAUAAGCAUUGUCAUUCCAACACUCCCGAGCUGCCAACAUACAGUUUUCCGUUGCUAGUUUUGUACAUUUUGUAUUGAUGGGUUUAUUGAGAAUAUGUAUUUAGUUAGACAAUAUUUAUCAUUCAUAUUUAUACAUAAAGGACGUGUACAAGAGUUUACUGUAUGGAGUACACCGCCUGCAAACACAUACAUUUUGUUCCCUUAUGUAUCUAGUCAUGAUGUUUGGAUGGCUUCUCACUGGUGUUUGUUAGGCCACCACACUAAGUAGUGAAGAUCUCUUCUGACUUCUUCAUUUCUGGUAGUGUUCAUAAUCUAUUGCAUCUUCCUGUGCUGAUCACUACAGGACGACUGGAAAUUUAUUUUCAAAUCUCUUUAUUUCAAAAGAUGAUUUUGUCUUUAUUUUAAAGCCUUUCUGGCAGCAUAGGUGUUAAUUACAGCCUUGCCUACAACAUUUGUAAAGGGAAACUAAAAAGAAUAUUUAGUUGCACCUAAAAUUUAAAGUAUGUAUGUAUGUAUUGCAAGUAUAAUCAUAGUGAAGUUUUGUCACUUCCGGUCAUAAUUGAAAUGCAUAUAGAUUAAUUACAUUUUUGGCUAGAAACAUUUACAAUAUACACAUAUUGGCAAAGAUGCUUCUAGGAAAACUUAUAACGAUUUUAGUUUUAGCAUUUUUCUCUGCACGUGCAUGUGAAGCAUAGCUAAAUAUGCUUAGUGCACCAGCAUUUUAAUACUGCAGCUGGGCAGAGUUCCAGUGGUGCUUGUGUCAUGUCAGCAAUCAUGCAAAUUCAGCCAUUACCAGAUGUAGGGUUGCCACCUCGGCCAUGUUUCCCUGGACAGCUGCAGGGUGGGACAUGUAUUGUUCCUCUGGACAUUACAUGAAUAGUGCUGAUGAAUAGCACAAUACAUGUUCUGCCCUGCACACCCUACAGCAUGUGUAACUCAUAAGUGUCCAGGAAAACAUGGCAGAGGUGGCAGAUGAUAUAAGCGCCUUAGGCUCUCUGAGCAAGUACUGUGUUUAAAAUGCUGGUGCACGGAGCAUACGUAUGUAUACUCUUGAAACAGCUAUAGCUUUUAUUAGAAGCAUUUGCUAAUAUAUGUACUUUGCAAAAAUUCUCCUAUUGAAAACUGAAAUGUGCCGUGUGCAUUCCAAUUUUGUCUAGAAUGUCCUUUAUUAAUAGAGCUCUAUCCCAUAAAGAACUAUUAGACCUACUGGAUGUGCACAAACAUAAAUUUGUGUUGGUUUAAAAACAUAGAAAAUGUAAAUUGUUUAAUGCUCUUUCACAUGCAGGAUAAAACUUGUUGUAUUUAUUGUCCUUUUAUUGGUUUUAUAAGUAGGCAAGUUGUCUAUAAAAGCACCACGAGAGACUGAAAACCUAUUUUAUGCAAACUAAAGACAUUUAAUACAGUAGUUGCUAUUGAGCUGUGUAAUGUGUUCAUCUUAAUUGUACCUUAGGAUCAGUAUCAGGGUAAAUCCAAUAAACAAAUCUGUAAUUAUGUACAGGUUAUUUCAGCAGA